AUCGAAUCCUAAAGCACACAACGACUGAAAAAAGAAACACUCUUUUAUUAAAUUUGUUAGGUUUGGCAAUGGAUCUAGCCAAACACACAAGACUUCAAAUAUUGGGAUGCAUACUCCUUGCAUCACUUGCUCUAACAAUGGCCCAAACACCACCGGGCAUAGCCAAUAACCCAAGCCAUGCAACAUGUAAGAUCAAGAAGUACAAACAUUGCUACAACUUGGAACAUGUUUGCCCCAAGUUUUGUCCCGACUCUUGCCAUGUUGAAUGUGUUUCUUGCAAACCCAUUUGUGGCCCUCCUUCCCCCGGAGAUGACGGUGGUGAUGACGACGGAGGAUACUCUCCACCGGCUCCAGUUCCACCUGUUUCACCACCACCUCCUACACCGUCCGUGCCAAGUCCCACUCCGCCAGUUUCACCACCGCCUCCCACUCCUACACCGUCCGUGCCAAGUCCCACUCCACCAGUUUCACCACCGCCUCCUACUCCUAUACCAUCCGUGCCAAGUCCCACUCCGCCAGUUUCACCAUCGCCUCCCACUCCUACACCAUCCGUGCCAAGUCCCACUCCACCAGUUUCACCACCGCCUCCCACUCCUACACCAUCCGUGCCAAGUCCCACUCCACCAGUCUCACCACCACCUCCCACUCCUACACCGGCCGUGCCAAGUCCCACUCCACCAUCAUCAUCACCACCACCACCUCCUACUCCUACACCAUCCGUUCCAAGCCCUCCUGAUGUUACUCCCACUCCUCCCACUCCAUCCGUGCCAAGCCCUGAUUCUCCCACCGCACCAGUCCCUCCAUACUCCCCACCUGCGGUUCCUAUUCCCUCCGUUCCAAGCCCCACUCCUACACCUCCUUUGACCCCAACUCCUCCAGGCUCUACUCCUUCUCCUUCCGUCCCUGUUCCGAACCCUCCAAACUCUCCUCCUUACGUUCCCCCAUCUUCUCCUACCCCAACGCCCCCAUCAGACGGCGAGGCAGGAGCAGGAGUCAGAAGAGCCAGGUGUAGGAAGGUGGACUCUCCAUGUUACGGAGUUGAAUACACUUGCCCCGCAGCUUGUCCUCGUUCUUGUGAAGUCGACUGCGUUACUUGCAAGCCUAUUUGCAAUUGCGACAAGCCAGGAUCUGUUUGCCAAGAUCCGCGUUUCAUCGGAGGAGACGGCCUCACCUUUUACUUCCACGGCAAGAAAGACUCCAACUUCUGCCUCAUCUCCGAUCCUAACCUUCACAUCAACGCACAUUUCAUCGGUAAACGAAGGUCUGGUAUGGCACGUGACUUCACUUGGGUCCAAUCCAUUGCCAUCCUCUUCGGCACUCACCGUUUCUACGUCGGAGCCCUCAAGACCGCCACGUGGGACGAUUCCGUCGACCGGAUCUCCGCCUCCUUCGACGGAAACGUUAUCUCACUUCCUCAGCUGGACGGUGCCACAUGGACUUCAUCCCCAGAAGUUUACCCUACCAUCUCGGUCAAACGAGUCAACGCUGACACUAACAACCUCGAGGUUGAAGUAGAGGGCUUGCUUAAGAUCACAGCAAGAGUGGUGCCAAUAACAAUGGAAGAAUCAAGAAUCCAUGGCUACGACGUGAAGGAAGACGACUGUCUAGCUCACCUCGACUUAGGCUUCAAGUUCCAAGACCUUAGCGACAAUGUCGAUGGUGUUUUAGGACAGACUUAUAGGUCUAACUACGUUAGCCGAGUCAAGAUCGGAGUCCACAUGCCUGUGAUGGGUGGUGACAGAGAAUUUCAGACCACCGGACUUUUUACAGCUGACUGCUCAGCCGCAAGGUUCAUUGGUAACGAAGGCAGCAACGGUGGCCGUAGCAAAUUGGAGCUCCCUGAGAUGAGCUGUGCCAGUGGCGUUGGUGGCAAGGGAGUUGUCUGCAAGAGAUAGACACUUCUUCGUUCUCUGUCUAAAUUUGUAACUACUACCACUAAACAAUGGUAACUACAAUACUAUAACGUAAUAAAAUGAGUAACACGGUUGUUUUUUUUUCCUUAUAAACAGUAAAAUCAUCGACAAAGUAACAUGUAAUGUUAUAAAUGUAAUUUUCAUUUUUGUCAUGAAUUUAUUGAAUUGUGAAUUCAUAUAUAAUUUCUUCCU